AAUGUCAAAGCAUCUCGUGUUAUAAAGAUUGAUGAUAAUUUACUGAAUUUCGCCGGUGAUCAUGUCGCUGGUACGAAGAGGCUUCACUUGAAUGAGACUACUGCCAUCCUCGACCGUGAUGUUAGACGAAAUAUCCUGGACCCUGGCGACAAAUGUUGCCUCGAGUCACGAUUUGGAUUUGGGUUAAAAUUCAUAGCAGAUCGAUUACGGAAUAAAUUCACUCAAAACAUUUUUUACUUAUUUAUAAAUGCUUUACAAUUUCAAGAGGUUUUCCAUCAAGCAUCCGUUCACCUCCACCCCCUGGUUCACAGCUUAGGAGAUGCUUGA